CCGAAAAGAUCAUCAAUAAGCAACAAUGGCGCGGGGAGCGUGUAGCCGCUUCUGUAUGCGUGUUUUCCUCCGUCUCGUCCAGUUUUGCAGCUCGCUGGUGGCUUUUAUCGCGCUCCGAACGGCUGGCGUAUCGUACCAGAACACUGCAGGGGGCCAAACUGUCGCUGUGGUCGUGAGCAGCGGCGUCAUGAGCUUCGCGCGGAUUAUCAACUUUGUUGCGUUCCUGUACGCGUUCGGCUUCUUGGUGUUUAUCGAGUGGCUUCGACUGUGUAUCCACCCAAUCAACUACUGCGAGAAAGUCAUGGAUAUCGUGCUGUUCGCGUGUCUCGCUGUGGCGACGCUCCUGUUGCUAUUAUCUGGCGUCACGCUGCAUUGUCAUGGCAAGUACAGCCGCUUCGUGCGUUGUGGAGCAGUGUAUCUCGCAGUGGCAGCGUCAUUCCUCUCAACGUUCGCCUUUUUAGGCAUAGCGAUGGUCGGGUCACGCGACGAUGAGAGACAACGCCAACGAGGUGCUGGUCGCCGUGGACGUGACUCAAGCUCGUACUCUCAGCAUGGCAGUCCUCGAGCUGGAGCCACUCCCGUGCCUAUUGUCACGGCGCAACAAGCGUAAAGUUUGUGCGUCUCCAACAACAAAUUCACCGAAAGGAAGAAAAAAAGGGUUGGCAAUUGCAUUAUUGCGAUGAAUAUGGGAA